GUUCAACAUGUUUUACACAUAAAUAAAUAUUGUAACACUUAUAUUUUUAUUGAUUUGUUUUUUAAAAAUUUGUAUAUUUUUAAUACACAUUGUGUUCUAGGUUCAUAGUAAAAGGUGAUUAAAAGGUGUUCUAGGUUCAACAUGUUUUACACAUAUAAAUUUUAAACACUUAUAAUUUUAUUUAAACAUAUUUUAAAAUUUAUAUUUUAUACCACUAUUUUAAGGUUUUUGAUUUUUUAAGUAAAAUUUUAUAUUUUUAAAUAUAUAAUAUUUUAAAACAAAAAUAUUAAAAUUUAAAUAUAUGUAAACUAGUUGAACAUAAUAUUCGGUUCAUAGUAUGAGGUCUUUAAACACUUAAGAAAAUUAACUUACUAUGUUUUUUUUAUGUAUUUUUGGGUUACUUUUAUUUAAUAAAUUAUGGGGUCUUCCCUCUCUCGACCAAAAAAAAAAAACAUUGUAAGGUGAGUUUUGAGAGUAACAAUAAUAUUGGGGUAUAUUUUUAAAAAUAUUGUAGUGGUAAAUACCGAAUUUCCAUAUAGUUUCUGUGUGGCUUAUAUUUGUCCUUUUAUAGGGUGCAAUUUUAGAGUAAAGAUAGUAUCUAGGUUUAAUGUUAAAGAUUCUAAUAAUGAUGGGGCGUUUUCGUGUUUUCUAUUUAUUUAAGCUCCAUUUAUUAUUACCGGCUGUUUUCUAUUUUGUCGUUCCCGGUAAAUUUUGCCGGCGAAGAUUGAAACUUUUCCAAACGAUGCAAGCAACGGCGAAUCUUCCGACGAUAUGGAAUCUGUCGCUUCGUGGGUCAUCCUCUAAAGUCCAUAUAGUGAACCCUAGGCAUCGAAAGUCUCACGCGCUUCAUUGUUUGAGGUUUUGAGUUUCGUCUCCUUCGUGAGAUUUCUCUUUCUGCUCUGUUCGAUCCGAAUUCUUCAGGUUGAUAGUAAUAUUAGUGUAGCAUUUUACAGAAUUUAGUUAAUUUCAUGAAAUCAUUGCUUAUCUAGAGUGAACCUUUCUCAAUCUUUCUGGUUUGUGUAGAAGAAUAUUUUGUGUUGCAAGAAUUGAUUUUGCUUCUCUGUAAUUAAACUGGAUUCUUUUCGAUUCCAGAUCAGAAGGGCAUGAAGAGUUUGACAAUUCUCAGAAAAGUCUUGGACAAUCUUCUAUUACAAAAGAAGCAAAACAUAAGGACAUAUGGAACCUCUUUAGAGAAGCUCAAAAAAAUAUAAUGAUCUUAAACAAACAACGCCUAGCUGCAGUUGACGAGUUAGAACAGCUAAAGAAAGAUAAAGAGGAAUUGUUAGAGAGGAUAAACCAAUUGGAGGCAGAAAGUCAGAUUGUAAUCAAGAAAGAUAAGUCGUCUCUAUUCUGGGAGUUGCUUCUCCGUAUUGAUUCUAUGGUUAUCAAUGGACUAGUUAACAUUGAAGAAGCUUCAUCCAUGAGAAAGCUGGUUAAAGAGCAUGAAGCGAACAUCUCUGUAUUUCCUCUUGAUGUCCUGCAACAAGGAGAUGCCGAAAUUCUAGCAGAACUUAGACGGUUCACAAAUAAAGGCAAAAGGAAUGGUCUCCAUGUGAUUCAUAUUUGCACCGAAAUGGCUCCAUUAGUUUCUGUUGGACCUUUGGCCUCAUAUAUAACAGGAUUGUCUUGUGCACUCCAAGAAGAGGGUUACAUGGUUGAAGUUAUAUUGCCAAAAUAUUCUACACUUGAUUUGGACGAAAUUGAAGGGCUUCGUGAAAUCGAAGCCGAUGCAUAUUCUUAUUUUGAUGGCCAGCUGCAUGCAAACCGAAUAUGGAACGGAGUUGUCUCUGGAAUAGGAGUGACACUUAUUCAACCAGUGUAUUACUCGUCAAUGUUUAGCCGUGAUAAAGUAUACGGGUAUCAGGACGAUUUUGAUAGAUUUGCAUACUUCUCUCGUGCUUCAUUGGAUUACAUUGCAAAAUCUGGAAAGCAGCCUGAUGUUUUACACAUUCACAACUGGCAAACUGCAAUAGUUGGACCGUUGUUUUGGGAUGUUUUUGUUAAUCAGGGACUUGAAGGUACUAGAAUACUCUUGACAUGCCAAGACUUUGACAAGGGUCUUGUACCUCCUGAAAAAUUGGAGCUAUGUGGGCUCGAUCCAGCUGAACUUCACCGUCUUGAUCGCUUACAAGAUAACACAAAUCCACAUUUUGUUAAUAUUUUGAAGGGCGGUGUUGUCUACUCCAACAAAGUUGUAAUAAUGUCAUCCUCACAUAGCUCAAUCCCUGGUCUCGAACCAACUUUAGCUAUCCACAAGGACAAGUUGUUUUUUGCUCCCUUUGGAAUGGACAACUCAAUGGAGAAAGACUUGUGUUGUGACCUUCACGUCUCUGCAUAUACUUCCAUUAAGAACCUAUGAAAAUACACAAUGAUGAACAAGAUGAAUGAUUAUUUAUCAUAUUUUCACAUUAAAAAAAAAAAUUGUGUCCUUGUGUUUAGUGAGAAUAGUUGUAUCUACUUAAAUGUUUUUCCAACUAACAAAUUUGGAUUCCUGAAUUAAUUAAAAAUAGAUUUUAUGUUGUUAAGAAAAAAGGAAAUUACACUUUUUUUUUUGUUUUUGGUCAAAGGAAAAUUAUU